AGCAGAGAGAAGCACAGAGCUCUCACUCUGCUACGGCUUCUGAGCACCACCUCCAAGGCUGGCCGAUCACUCUGAGUGCGGUCAACAAAUAACUGAAGAGAAGAGUCCAGAGUUGAGUCUGAGCUUUAUAGAAACGAGACUGAAUAAGUAAUGUUGAGGGGAGACAUUGUGUUGGGGACGGAUGCUAGCGACGUGUUGAAAAGGGAGUGGGGUGUCUGCGCGUUGUGCUCCAAGAGCGGAGUGAUGCGUCUUCUCGAACAUAGACGAUCUUCGCCGGAGCUAGCCGGCUAACUGCUAACGCAAAGAGACGCCAUUAGUUGGGUGAAAAGCAGGCACUCACAUCAGGCUGAAAGGGGAAGUAGCUCACUGUUUAGACACGUUUCCCUCACAGCUGCUGGCAGAUAUUGACACAAGUCGGAUUCGCGUGUGCUGUCGACGUGUUCUGGUUCUGAUUUUAGCUGUUUUUCUAAAGUCGGAAGCUGAUGUGAGCUACGCAGGACUUCAGUUCCGACUGGGUUAGCAUUAGCAGCGCUAGCUUGAUAAGGCUUGUUUUGAUAAGAAAAAACAAAAAACCGGAGGACUUCUUUAACUGACUGCCAGCUAUGGCGGCAGGAGGGACGGGCAGCAAAACCUACUCGUUCAAGGUUGUGCUACUGGGGGAAGGCUGUGUGGGGAAGACGUCGCUGGUGCUGCGAUACUGCGAGAACAAAUUCAACGACAAACACAUCACAACUCUACAGGCGUCUUUUCUCACAAAGAAGCUCAACAUCACAGGAAAGAGAGUUAAUCUGGCCAUAUGGGACACAGCGGGUCAGGAGCGGUUCCAUGCGUUAGGUCCAAUCUACUACAGAGACUCCAAUGGAGCCAUUCUAGUGUACGACAUCACAGACGAAGACUCCUUUCAGAAGGUGAAGAACUGGGUGAAAGAGUUGAGGAAAAUGUUGGGGAACGAGAUUUGUUUAUGUAUAGUAGGUAAUAAAAUAGAUUUGGACAAAGACAGACACGUUUCAGUGGAGGAAGCUGAGAGUUAUGCAGAGUCGGUGGGAGCCAAACACUACCACACAUCAGCCAAGUUAAAUAAAGGCAUCGAGGAGCUCUUCCUGGAUCUCUGUAAAAGGAUGAUGGAGACGGCUCAGGCCGAGGAGAGGGUGAAGGGCAACGGAGCCAGCCAAUCAGCAUCGAGUAGGCGGGGCGUACAGAUCGUUGACGACGAACCACAAGCCACGCCCGCCGGGGGGUGCUGCUCUUCUGGCUAACACACACACACACACACACACACACACACACACACACACUCUUUAACACACUCUCUCUCUGUCACACAUGCUUGCAGACAUGAUAUCCACUCUGUUGUUCUCUCGGGUGUUCGGCUCUAAAAUCCUAAAAUAAUCCGAUUUUUUCUGUUUUUUUUUUGUUUUGUUUUUGUUUUGCUGUCUCGGCUGCUAAGGAGCAUGGGAAAUAAUAUUUAAACUGUUUUAAUCAUUGUUCCCGCCAAAAUAAACGUAACUUAUUGAUAAAAAGUGAGUGUGCUUUCAGCCGUUUGAAUCUGACAGAAGGUCACAUGUUUCAGCACUGAGUAAAAACUUCUGUGAGCAGAAAACGAAACUGCAGACGCCUCCGAGCACGCCGCGAUGAUGUCAUACUCACAACGUUAACAACAACAGGUGUAGGACACAAAAUGGCGGCGCAGACUUCAGCACAGAGUUAUUUUGUUUUUGUUUGUUUUGGGGUUUUUUUGGGUUAAAAACACACACACACACACACACACACACACACACACACACACUCUGUACAAACCUCCAUUAAUCAUCAUCUUCUCUUGAAGUACACAAACAUGUUUCUGACCCAGAGAUGAUGAAACAGCGCCGCCUGCUGGACGGAAGUCCAACUGCAGGAAAACCACAAAACGAUGAAGAACAAAGUUCAGAUCGUUUGUUUUGUAACUAAUCGAUUAUUUUCUCAACUAAUCCAUUUUUUUAUUUGGACACUAAAAUGUCAGAAAGUGCUGAAAGAUAUUAAUCUGUGUUUUCAUCAAAUGUCAGAAACUCAAAAACACUCAGUUUGUUUUAUAAAUGUUCAUAUUUAACGAGCUGAAGUCCAGAAGGUGUCGAUGAGUCGCAGCAGCUUCACUUCUUAUUGAUCCAAAAUCUGAAGAAGUUCACGAUUAAAAAUAACAGAACAGCAACAUUCAGAUUCAUCUUCUGUCUGCCGACUCAUCGAUGAAUCGAUUUCCCUCCGCUGGUUUUUGGUCUGUAAAUUUAUCUGCACAAACAUCUCAGUUGGAAUAUCCAUCAAACGUGAGACACAACAAUGAUUAUAUUCAGUUAUUUUAUGUUGAUUUUGUUUAUAAAAUAGUGAAAAACAGCCAAAAACUGACAAAAGAUCCUGAAAAGCAGGAAAUGUUUAAUAUAAUCACAAAGUUACUCAUCAGUAUUUUGGUUAAUAGAUUAAACAACAUGUUAAUAUUUGAUGUUAAUCUGUCAACAUCUCACUUUGUUCGCAAAAGAAAUAAAUCUGUAAACUGAUCAAACUGUUUCUGUGUCACAGUUUAACAGAAAGAUUCAGCAGAAUCAGGAACAUUUAAUAUUUCCACUGGAUCAUUUAUUUGUUGAGUCGAUAAAAUGUCAGAAAAUAUUGACAAAAAAGUCAAAUACGAUAUUUAAACAUGUUUGUUUUUUUUCCUCAAUGCCUAAAAAUCGAUUCACAGAGAAAAAAAGAUCCAAAACUGACAGUUUAAAAUAGUUUAGAGAGAGAAAAGAAACAGAAUCAUUAAAAUCAUAAAAGAUUCUGAUUAAUUUUCUGUCAACUGAUUGAUUUCAUUGAUCUGUUGGUCUGUAAAUUAAACAACGUAUUAAAAUCUGUUUAUAAUUUGUUCUUUUUAUUCCUAAAUUGGAUCCAAGUUUAACAAACAUGAGAAAUUAAUCUGAUCCAAAUUUUUGUUUCAGUUUGACAGAAAUAUAAUUAAUUAGUUUAAUCAGUAAAUUGUCAAACAUCAAAGAGUCGAAGACGACACGUGAAAUGUUGGUUCGUAUUGAAACGCCUCAAAAAUUAUAUUUAUAUUUGUCAAUUGAUUUUCCUUCCACACACACACACACACACACACACACACACACACAUUAAUACUACCUUGCAUGUUUGAUUUCUGUAAAAGCUUUGUUUGUUUUUCUUUGAAGAGAAAUGGUGACUUAAUAAAAAACCAACUGAACAGCGAUUAUUUAAUAAGUUAUAUCGACGUGUCGGUGAUGAUCCUGUACAUGAACAAACGUCUCCUCUGUAACUCUGACUGUAAGUUUACUGUUUUCCACCAACAGCCUGUCGCUCCAUUAAACUCUCUGCUUACUGAAAAAAGAAACUACAGUGACAUUGUACAAAAGAAAAGAAAAAUAAACGUUUUAUCUGCCUUUGAGGAAUAAUCGACGCACAUAGAAGAAGAAAACUUAACGCUGUCCUGUUGAAAAAAAAAAGUGGUUUAAAAAGGAAAUAAAUCAGCGCACUUUUCUGGAAAUGUAAUUUUUUAAACUGCUAGUGUCAAAGUGUUUUUUGUAAAGAUAAUAGAACAAUUAUAACGAUUUACACAACGCA